UAGUUCAGCGCGCGUGUACGAAUCCGUUCGCAGUUUCCUGCGAAUGGUUUCUUUCGUUUGCAAACGAAUUCGCUCGAGCAUAAAUCGUUGCGUCGUUUCUUGGACGUCGUCAUUUUCCGAGAUAACGUUUGAUGCGUUCGGCGAGAAUCGCGUGAACAUUCGGUUAGUGAGCACGCGCGAUCGGCCAACGAGCCACGUGGACUCGAUGUUCUUUCGUAAAAUUUUUCACCGCGCACCGUCGAUCGCGGAACGUUACAUGUACUCUCGAGUUCCGCGAAAAAAAAACCAACACUUUUUUCCGUCUGACUAAAAUGAAUUGACGUUAUCGGUCGUCGAUACCGUGUCGAUUAUCGUUCCACCGACAAACGGUCGUUCAUGUUCGUUGAACCGAUUUUGACGUUUACGAUGGCGUCAAAUCGAAACGAAUCCAUACCCAAUGAAAUCGUUGCGACGCGAUGACGCGAUAACUCAGUUUAAAUCGCGAACGGGAUCAAGUUGUUUCGCGUUCGAUAAUUAGUGUUCCAGACCGGUAUGGUGGGUUAUCCGGAAUCGCUCACAGAUCCUUCCUACCAUGCUCAAAUUCUAGUGCUCACGUAUCCGUUAAUCGGAAAUUAUGGCGUGUUUGGCAACGAACUGGACGAACAUAAGAUCCCACAUUGGUUCGAGUCGGAUCGAAUUUGGGCCGCCGGUUUGGUGGUCGGCGAAGUCUGCGAAACACCGAGUCAUUGGCGGGGAACGAGAACGCUGUCCGAAUGGAUGAAACAACAGAAUGUUCCUGGUAUAUACGAGAUCGACACGAGAGCAUUGACGAAAAUUAUUCGCGAAAAGGGUUCUAUAUUGGGUAGAAUCGUUUUCGAGCAACCGAUCGCGAAUUCUAUCCCUUUGGAUCCACCGAUAACAGAUCCGAACAAGAGAAAUCUCGUCGCGGAAGUUGUUCAGAGCGCGCAAAGGACGUACAAUCCCACUGGUUAUCCCCGCAUAUGCGUGAUAGACUGCGGUCUAAAGUACAAUCAAUUGAGGUGCUUGAUUAAUCGUGGUGCUCGCGUGGACGUCGUGCCGUGGAAUCGCGACGUAAAGGAACUCGAGUACGACGGUCUGUUUCUUAGCAACGGACCGGGCGAUCCCAGCAAAUGCGAUGCGACGAUCGCGAACGUUCGAUCCGUUCUCGAGCAAGGAUCGAGGAAGCCGAUUUUCGGCAUUUGUUUGGGUCAUCAGUUGCUCUGCAUAGCUGCUGGUUGCGUAACAUAUAAGAUGAGUUACGGAAACCGUGGUCACAAUCAACCGGUCACGCAUCACGGAACUGGUCGUUGCUUCAUGACGUCGCAAAAUCACGGGUUCGCGGUCGACGCGGGUCAAUUGCCAACCAAUUGGGAGCCGCUGUUCACCAACACCAACGACGACAGUAACGAAGGCGUCGUGCACUCGAGUCUGCCUUAUUUUUCCGUUCAAUUUCAUCCCGAGCACACUGCCGGUCCUCAGGAUUUGGAAUGCCUGUUUGACGUGUUCUUGGACGCUGUGAAAGACGAAACGAACGGAACGGCCGAGAUUUCGAUGAAGGAGAGAUUGACGCGAAAAUUGAGCUUCCACGCGAAUCUGCCGAACGGCGUGGCCACCCGGCCGAAGAAGGUAUUAAUUUUGGGCUCGGGCGGUCUCAGCAUCGGCCAAGCGGGCGAAUUCGAUUAUUCUGGAUCGCAAGCGAUCAAGGCGUUGAGAGAAGAAUGCGUGCAAACGCUUUUGAUCAAUCCGAACAUCGCUACCGUGCAAACGUCCAAAGGCAUGGCCGACAAAGUUUACUUUUUACCGAUUAUUCCAGAAUACGUGGAAGAGGUAAUACGCUCGGAGCGUCCUGACGGUGUGCUGUUAACGUUCGGCGGACAGACCGCUCUGAAUUGCGGCGUUGAACUCGAGAAGAACGGCGUGUUCGAGAAGUACCGCGUUAGGAUCCUAGGAACGCCUAUACAAUCGGUGAUAGAAACCGAGGACAGAAAAUUGUUUGCCGAACGUAUCGCUCAGUUGAACGAAAAAGUAGCGCCGAGUGCAGCUGUGUAUUCUAUCCAAGAGGCAUUAGACGCAGCCGAGAAGUUAGGCUAUCCCGUAAUGGCUAGAGCCGCAUUUUCCCUCGGAGGUUUAGGAUCCUUCUUCGCGAAUACCAAGGACGAGUUACGUACUCUGGCGCAACAAGCGUUUGCUCACUCUAACCAAUUGAUCAUUGAUAAGUCGUUGAAGGGUUGGAAAGAAGUCGAGUACGAGGUGGUUCGAGACGCGUACGACAACUGCAUUACGGUCUGUAACAUGGAAAACGUCGAUCCUCUCGGUAUUCACACCGGCGAGUCGAUCGUCGUUGCUCCGAGCCAGACGUUAUCGAAUAAGGAGUACAACAUACUUCGAACGACCGCCAUCAACGUCAUCAGGCAUUUCGGCAUCAUUGGCGAGUGCAACAUUCAGUACGCGUUAAACCCAAACACCGAGGAGUAUUACAUCAUCGAGGUGAACGCCAGAUUAUCUCGAAGCUCCGCACUAGCGAGCAAAGCUACCGGUUAUCCGUUGGCUUACGUGGCCGCCAAGUUAGCGCUGGGUAUUCGUCUGCCGGAUAUUCGCAACAGCGUUACCGGUAAAACUACGGCAUGCUUCGAACCUAGCCUCGAUUAUUGCGUAGUCAAGAUACCGAGAUGGGAUCUGGGGAAAUUUCAUCGGGUCAGUACGAAGAUCGGUAGCUCCAUGAAGAGCGUAGGAGAAGUGAUGGCGAUCGGGCGGAAAUUCGAAGAAGCCUUUCAGAAAGCUCUGAGAAUGGUGGACGAGAACAUCAACGGAUUCGACCCUUACGUGAAAGCACCGAACGACGAGGAACUGGAAAAACCGACCGACAAGAGAAUGUUUGUUCUCGCUGCUUCGAUCAAGGCCGGAUACACGAUCGAUCGAUUAUACGAAUUGACAAAGAUAGAUCGAUGGUUCUUGCACAAGAUGAAAAAUAUCAUCGACUAUUACGUGGUACUAGAGAAUACCGAUCACACGAAGCUGUCUCACGACGUUUUACUGCGCGCGAAACGGAUCGGUUUUUCGGACAAGCAAAUUGCAGCGGCGGUCAAAAGCUCGGAAUUGGCAGUUAGGAUACAGAGGCAAGAGAGCAAUAUACGACCAAUGGUAAAACAAAUAGAUACGGUAGCAGCGGAGUGGCCAGCCACGACCAAUUACCUUUACAUCACGUACAACGGGGCUACGCACGACGUCGAGUUUCCUGGCGGUUACACGAUGGUGAUAGGUUCCGGCGUGUAUCGAAUCGGCAGCUCUGUGGAAUUCGAUUGGUGCGCGGUCAGCUGUCUACGCGAGUUACGAAAUUUAGGGAAAAAAACGAUCAUGGUGAAUUACAACCCAGAAACGGUCAGUACCGAUUACGACAUGAGCGAUCGAUUGUACUUCGAAGAAAUAUCGUUCGAAAUCGUGAUGGACAUUUACGAUCACGAAUGUCCGGAGGGAAUAAUUCUAUCGAUGGGUGGUCAAUUACCGAACAACAUCGCCAUGGAUCUUCACAGGCAGCAAGCUAGGAUUCUUGGAACUUCGCCGGAGUCCGUGGACGGUGCCGAAAAUCGAUUCAAGUUUUCUCGCAUGUUGGACGGUAUCGGAAUUUCCCAACCCAGGUGGAAGGAAUUGACGAAUCUGAAGUCUGCUAUCGAGUUUUGCGAAGAAGUUGGUUAUCCUUGUUUGGUACGUCCAUCUUACGUGUUGAGCGGUGCCGCGAUGAACGUGGCUCACUCGAAUCACGAUCUCGAGUCGUAUUUGAAGAGCGCCAGCGAGGUGAACAAAGAGCAUCCAGUGGUCAUUUCCAAGUUCAUCCUCGAAGCGAAGGAAAUAGACGUGGACGCGGUAGCCUACGAUGGCGUUAUCCUCUGCAUGGCGGUGUCGGAGCAUGUUGAAAACGCUGGUGUACAUUCGGGUGACGCUACCCUGGUUACUCCACCGCAGGACAUCAAUGCCGAAACUUUGGCGAAAAUAAAGAUGAUGUCGAAAGCGAUCGCGGCUUCCCUCGGCGUAACUGGUCCCUUCAACAUGCAACUGAUAGCGAAGGAUAACGAACUGAAAGUCAUCGAGUGUAACGUGAGGGUGUCCAGAUCGUUUCCUUUCGUCUCGAAGACGUUGGAUUACGAUUUCGUAGCUAUGGCCACGCGGCUAAUCGUCGGAGAGUCCGUCGAGCCCGUGGACGUUCUCACCGGCUGCGGCAAAGUCGGCGUGAAAGUGCCACAAUUUUCCUUCUCGCGCCUUGCCGGUGCCGACGUGAUGCUAGGAGUAGAAAUGGUGUCCACCGGGGAAGUUGCCUGUUUCGGAGACAAUCGAUACGAGGCUUAUUUGAAAGGAAUGAUGAGCACCGGAUUUCACAUACCGCAGAAGGGAAUUUUACUCUCGAUCGGAAGUUUCAAGCAUAAAAUGGAAUUGUUACCGUCGAUUCGAAGCCUCCAUAAAAUGGGAUACAAAUUAUACGCCAGCAUGGGAACAGCGGAUUUCUAUACGGAACACGGAGUGGAGGUAGAACCGGUGCAAUGGACCUUCGAGAACAUCAGCAUGAACGAAGAUUCUAGUCCGAGCGAGCUUAGACAUUUGGCCGAUUUUCUCUCGAAGAAGCAAUUUGAUCUCGUGAUUAAUUUGCCAAUGAGAAACGGCGGUGCACGACGAGUCUCGAAUUUUAUGACUCACGGAUAUCGCACCAGAAGACUCGCGGUCGAUUAUUCCGUUCCUCUGAUCACGGAUGUGAAAUGUGCUAAAUUGCUCGUCGAAGCUAUGAGGAUGCUCGGUGGACGAGCACCUCGCAUGAAAACUCACACGGAUUGCGUAUCCUCGCGAACGAUGAUCAAGCUUCCUGGCUUGAUCGAUGUUCACGUACACACGCGCGAUCCUGGAGCAGUUUACAAAGAGGAUUUUGCUUCUUGUACCGCGGCCGCGCUCGCCGGGGGUAUCACGAUGAUUUUCGCGAUGCCCAACACUUAUCCUGCCGUCGUCGAUCACCAAUCUUUCACUCUGGCCAAGGAGCGUGCUGUUUCCAGCGCGAGAUGCGAUUACGCAAUUUUUGUCGGUGCUUCGUCGGAUAAUUACAACAUAACAGCCGAAUUGGCUCCGUUGGCAGCGGGGCUUAAAAUGUAUCUCAACGAAACCUUCACUACCCUUCGAUUGACCGAUUUAACCAUAUGGAUCAAGCAUUUUCAAAGUUGGCCAAAACGUUAUCCUCUUUGCGUGCACGCCGAGGGACAAACCACGGCCGCUAUACUUUUGCUUGCCGGUUUGCACAACAGACCGAUUCACGUGUGUCACGUAGCCCGAAAAGAAGAAAUUCAAAUUAUACGCGCUGCCAAGGAAAAGGGAAUGGCCGUUACCUGCGAAGUAUGUCCUCAUCAUUUGUUCUUGUGCGAGGAAGAUCUCGAACGAAUAGGCCACGGACGAGGCCAAGUAAGACCGAUAUUGGGAAGCAGAGAGGAUCAGCAAGCACUCUGGGAUAAUCUCGACGUGAUCGAUUGCUUUGCCACCGAUCACGCACCGCACACGAUACAAGAAAAGUCCAGCGAAAAACCACCGCCUGGAUUUCCUGGACUCGAGACCAUGCUUCCGCUUUUAUUGACAGCGGUUCACGAAGGAAAAUUAACGAUAGAGAACGUGGUCGACAAGCUGUAUAGAAAUCCGAAAAAGAUUUUCAAUGUGCCUGAUCAGGCAAAUACCUACAUCGAGGUAGAUCUCGAUGACGAGUGGGUGAUUCCGGAAGCGAUGCCUUUCAGCAAAUCGAAAUGGACUCCGUUCGCUGGAAUGAAAGUUCGAGGGUCGGUUCACAGGGUAGUUUUACGAGGAGAAGUCGCUUACGUCGAGGGGCAAGUUUUGGUGAAUCCUGGCUUUGGACAGGAUAUCAGAGAGAUUCAAGCGAAAACGAAGCAUCAGGUCGCGACAACUGCACCGGCCGCGAUCGUCGACGUCGUCGUUAGUCGACCAAACUCUGCUUUGGACGGUUUGUUGUCACCGAAUUACGACAUGUCCGAAGAAGAGCAGAACGAACCGUACGCGCAGUUGCUACAGUCGACGACGCAAAAGUCGAACGUUCACUUUGCCGUCGACGUGGAAUCUCGGGACCACCCGAAAUUUCCAACGAUUCAACGAAACGUUUCGCCGCUUCCCAUCAGCAACGCGACCAGGUAUAAAAGCGACAGCAACCCUAAUCUUCUCGUGACAACCGUGGCACCGGUUCCUUCGGUUCACACUAGCCAAAAUUUAGUCGGCCACAACGUUUUGUCCGUAGACAUUUUUACGAAAGAAUCGUUGAAGGACGUAUUUAAUCUUGCCGAAGUCCUGCGCGGUGCGGUUAGAAAGGAACGAUCACUGGACCAUAUUUUACGGGGAAAAGUGAUGGCGUCGAUCUUUUACGAAGUCAGCACGAGGACUUCUUGUAGCUUUGCGGCGGCGAUGGAACGACUUGGCGGUCGAGUGAUAUACAUGGAUGGCUCGACAUCGUCCGUAAAAAAAGGAGAGACCCUGGAAGAUUCCGUGGCGGUGAUGGCUGGCUACGCGGACGUCGUGGUACUUCGUCAUCCAGAACCAGGAGCGGUAUCGAAAGCCGCGCAACACUGUAGGAAGCCGUUACUCAACGCUGGCGAUGGUGUCGGUGAACAUCCGACUCAAGCGUUGCUCGAUAUUUUCACGAUCAGAGAUGAAAUUGGUACGGUGAACGGCCUUACCAUCACCAUGGUUGGAGACCUGAAGCACGGUAGAACGGUUCAUUCUUUAGCAAGAUUAUUGACAUUAUACAACGUGGAACUUCAGUACGUAUGUCCUCCUAGCCUUGGCAUGCCCGACCAUGUGGUAAAAUACGUGUCCGAACGUGGAAUCCCGCAGGAAAAGUUUAGCACGCUCGAAGAUGCUCUUCCAGACACGGACGUCCUUUACAUGACACGCAUUCAGAGAGAACGUUUCGCAACACAGGCAGAAUAUCGACAGGUUUGCGGUCACUUCGUAAUUACCCCGCAACUGAUGUCUCGAGCGAAAAGGAAGAUGGUGGUGAUGCACCCGUUGCCCCGCGUUUUCGAGAUCAGUCCGGAAUUCGACACGGAUCCUCGUGCCGCAUACUUCCGACAGGCCGAAAACGGUGUCUACGUUCGAAUGGCUCUGUUGGCAAUGGUCCUUGGACGCGUGUGAUUCCUAGAGAAUCCGCAAACUAUACGUAUAUGCACACGGCACAUGUGGAUCGACAUCAUUUCGAAUUUGAAAAGAAAUAGAACGAUGCAGGAAAUACGGCUCGAUCCGAACCUAUUUCCAGUCAGACUGUGAUUCAAGUACGUUGUUUUAUCUUGGAUGAAAGGAGCAAAGAGUCGAAACGUAUCUCACGGAUGACGAUAAAGCAGCUGUGGUAAUAAUAUGGUUACACGAAAUAUUAUCCGUCAGUUUACGAAGCAAAAUUUUUUCAUUCCUUUAUAAGAUAAAAGAACGAUUUUUACGAAACAUUUGACGCGCACCUAAUUUCAUACGAAUACUUUUUGAUCAAAUUUUAUCGCUAUGUAGCAUAAUGAUCGUAAUGAUUAAAUAUACGUCACGCGACGCGAUUACCUGUUUGUUCCUUUACGGGAGAACGACGUAUGAAGUCGCUCGUGUGCAAGAAAAUAAAACUUGUUAUUUUUCGAUAAGUCCAA